AUGCACGUAUUUGUGGAUGCGAGUCAGUCGGCAUUCGCAUCAGUGGUCUACUGGAGGAUCACGUACGAGGACGGCGGCGUGCAAGUGAGGUUCGUGUGCGCAAAGACGAAGUGUGCACCGAUGCGAACGAUGACGAUUCCACGGUUGGAGCUGCAGGCAGCAGUUCUAGGAACGAGGUUGAUGGACACAAUCAGACAGGACCAUAGUGUGGCCAUUGCAGAGACUGUGCUAUGGACGGAUUCGAAGACAGUGCUGCGUUGGAUUGGCAGCACACACAGGCGCUACAAGCAGUUCGUAGGGAACAGAGUAGCCGAGAUUCUGGAGUCGACGAAGAUGGCCCAAUGGAGAUGGCUACCAUCCGCUGACAACGUGGCAGAUGAUGCAACUCGACCGCAACGCGUGGACCUAAGCGAGGAGUCACGCUGGUUAAGAGGGCCGGCAUUUCUGAGGAGACCAGCGGGCAGUUGGCCAGGAACUGCUCUCACCGACGAAGCGGAUGCAGAAGGCAAAGAGGAGAUGCCGAAUGAGCUGGAGAACUACGGCCUCAAUGUAGCUGAGUGUGAAGCAGCUGAGGACUUGUUAUUCCGGAGAGCACAACGUGAGGCGUUCCCCGAUGAGGUGCAGGCCGCAGAGAAGGGCUUGGACGUCGCUAAAGGAAGCGACAUAUGUGGACUGGCGCCAUACCUAGAUGGCAAUGGAAUCCUGCGAGCGUAUGGCAGGAUCGAUGCGGCGCUAUGUAUACCGUACAGCGCCAGGAGGCCAGUGAUCCUCUCCCACCGGCAUGGUCUCACGGAGAUGAUUGUGCGCGACGCCCAUGUGAGGAUGAAGCAUCAAAACGUGGAUGCUACGAUGGCGGAGAUCCGGCCCAGGUUCUGGAUUACGAGACUACGGAGAGUGCUUCGUAGUGUGAUCUCGGGAUGCAGCGAGUGUAAGCUGCACAGAGCACGGCCGAUGCCGCCGAUUAUGGGACCCCUGCCAGAUGAUCGUUUGGACGCCUAUGGCUGGCCGUUUAAGAGCACAGGCCUCGACUACUUUGGGCCGCUGCUAGUGACCGUUGCUCGGCACCAAGAGAAACGGUGGGUGGCCUUGUUUACGUGCCUGACGACCAGGGCGAUUCAUCUGGAACUGGCACAUGACCUGUCGACUGAUUCCUGCAUACUUGCAAUCAGGAAUUUCAUCUGCCGUCGAGGGCCUGUACAUAGACUGCGCAGCGACAAUGGCAGGAACUUCGUUGGAGCAGACAGAUAG